AUGCAGUUUGAGGAAGAAGAACUCUAUGCUUCUCUAUCCAACUUACUUCCACACUUCACCACCAUUCCCAACAUUCAUAAAGCAUGGCUUUUCAACAACACACUCGGAAUGUUUACUUUCACCCAACCUCAUCUUUUAACCAACAAAACCAAAACUUCAAUUCUCUCCUGUGAACUUGUUAAACAAGAAACAAAUAACGAUUCUGAUGUUAAGUUUCAGUGGGCUCCGUUUCCAAUAGAGAUGUGUGGUGAUGUUUCUAUGAUUGUUCCGUCUCCGUCUGGUUCUAAGCUUUUGGUGAUUCGGAAUCCUGAGAAUAAAGAAGAUGAUGCUACUUCUUGUUUUCAGAUUUGGAGUUCGUCGAGCUUGGAGAAGGAGUUUCAUAUUCCUCAAACAAUGCAUGGUUCGGUAUAUAAUGAUGGAUGGUUUGAGGGUGUUUCUUGGAACUCGGGUGAAAUAUUGAUAGCAUAUGUAGCAGAAGAGCCCUCUUCUACAAAGCCAGUAUUUAACAAUACGGGUUACAUGAAAGGUGGUUGUGCAGAGAAGGAUUACGGUAGCUGGAAAGGUCAAGGAGACUGGGAGGAGGAUUGGGGAGAAACAUAUUCUGCUAAGAGACGGCCUGCACUUUUUGUCAUCAACAUUAACAGUAUUUAUGCAGUGGAGAGGUACAAGCUGUCAAAGGAAUCGACAAAUCUUUGA